GUCAGUUCAGUGUCCAAGUGUAGACGAUCGCAUGUGGAACUACCAGUGAAAGUGAAUUGAGCACACAGUAAUUGUACGCUGGCAUAAAGUCCAUUCUAUUCAUUGCUUAAAGACACUUCAAAUAGAACAAUUAUGAAAUCCGCCACGAGCUUUGUGCUACUUUUGCUUUGCUUGUGCAUCUGCCUUAUCGGCRGGCCAGGGCAAACGGACGCCGAGCCACUCUUUGGUGGCCCCGGUGCUGCUUGGCCAACGCUACGUCUAGUCGAGGAGGUGCCACGGGACUCGCUCACACCUCAUAGGCGUGUGAAGCGUGUCAAGCGAGCUGGCUUUGAUCGCACAAUCGACCCGGGAUAUGAAUACCAAAACGGCACCGAGCGCGGUAAAGAACGCUUUCCUGUGUGGGACGAUGCCAAAGGAGAGCCGCUAGUGGAGUAAUAAGAGCGCUUAGUAGUUUUAGGAAGGGAUUUGAGAGAAAAAGUUGGUGUAGGAAUAAUAUGUAUAUACAUAUAUGUAUAUUUAUCGCAACAUAUAUAACACAUAGCUGUAUGAUAUGUUGAUCGAAGUAAAGUCCUAUAGGUGUAUAAAUUAGGAAUCGCAUAUCGAAAAUUGGUCCUCCUUAUGUCGCCUUAAACAGUUUAGCCUAGAAAAUAGAUAUUACUAACCAUUUAAUUUAUUGCAUUUUUUUUUCACUGAAUGCUAGCGACCGUUACCGUUUAAAGUUAUGGAAGUACUAUAUUCAAGUAUGUAUACUCAUAAUCUUGUUUGUUUGUAUUAAUAUCGAAAAGUUACCUAGUUUUGAGUUAACACAACAACARCAGAUGGGUUCAAUUCACGUAACAUUAAAUACGAAACUAAAACCAGCGCUAAUUUAUUUCUAACAAAUACAACAUCAACUGCUAAAWUGGGCGCAUUUCGCACGGGCGACAGAAGGAAAGGGUUCAUAAUAAGGCAGCUGGCAAAUUUGAAGCUAGUUAAAAAAGCUAUCKUUAGGUUAGGUCUAAAAUCUAUAAGAAAUAUUUCAAGGAUAAGCUUCACGUACCGACAACCAUCCCUAAGACACUAGAGAAAAUUAAAGUAGUUUCUAUUAACGAGGACCAUCAUGACAUCCAUUGAAUUCUUUUUUGCGGUAGUGUCAAUCAGAUUGCAUACAUUGAAAGCAAAUUUCCAUGACCCUGUCGCAAAAAUCCAUUCAAGCAGCAAUCAUAUAUUUUGUUAUGCUUUUUCAAUUCCCGCAGAACACUGUAAACUGACAAAAUAACUGAAUAAAGAACAAACGGAAUA